GCCUUCUACCACCAUCAUGGUCUAAGCGUUCGACAUGGUCGAAGACCGUCGGAUGGGAAAUAGACACUGCAAAACCGCACAGUAACGGUGUUCAAAGCACUGGAUGCGUGAGCAGUUACCCAUGAAUGUGAUCGGCAACUACACACGCUCAUCGGCGGCGUCCUCGCACUCGGGGAGGGGCUUCGAUCAGGGGCCGAUCUGCCCCAACGUCCGGCCUACGCCGCUGCAGCAACAUUGCUCGCAUUCCCACCCACUCGAUGGUACCCUCAGUGGGCCCCGAUGGAUGCUUUCCACUGAAGGACGUCCUGUACGCCUGCGAGUGCAUCGGUGCCACCCCGCCCCUAUAACUUAAGGGGCAGCACUGCGCAGUACUUUCCCCUGGCGCUCCGAAUGUGCCGUCGUGCCGCCAAUCCCUCCCCCACUCUACAUUGCUGCCCUCGACGAGCACGCUCAGAGUGUCAUUCUCGAUGCUCCUGGGGCCCGCAUGAGCACGCGCAACCAGCAUCUAUACCGUCGGGCGUCCGCGGACACCGCGGAUGCUCGCGACAACGGUGUUCGAGCAUUGCGAUGCGCAAGCGUUGCUCGCCGGAAUCAAUCACGCCCGAUCCUCGGCGACGUCGAGCGUGGGGAGCUUCGAUUGGGGAUCGCGUCCGUGACGAGGAGAAUGUGUGGUGAAGGUGCCCACAGCACGCCACCAGCAUCCCC